AUGGACACGGUCCCGACAGCGGGCCCCUCUCUGGCAUGGGCGGCUGGCACAGUCAUCCAGGUUGAUGGUGCAGAAGCGUCCAGCAAAGCCCUCAGGACAGAGGCAGGAGAAGCGGUUUAUGCCGUCAAGGCAGGUGGCACCGUUAGCACAAGGCCGCAUCAGGCAGUCAUCCACAUUUACCUCACAGCGGGCACCCACAAAGCCCACCAAGCAGCGGCACGUGAAGUUGAGAGCAAAGCCCUGGUCGUCCUGGCACUGCCCGCCAUUGCGGCAUGGGGAGCUGUGGUAGGGGGUCCAGCCUUGCGCUCGCAGUCACGCCCAUGGAAGCCUGAAUUUGCCCAAUCUCCCAGUGAGUCAACUACUCAAACUCAUCAAGAAAGAUCCUCUUUCAUUGCAACCUCGGUCUUGCUUGCCCCGCGGGUCGGAGCGACUGCAGUGCCGUCUCCGGCCGGCAGAGGUCAACGUGCAAGCGAGGACGGCUGGACAGGGCCGCGACUGGAGCCCGGCGGGCGCGCUCACCUCGGACAGGCUGACCGGGAGCCCCCAGAAUGCACAACAGGCACACGAGAUGCAGGCAGCGGCAGCCGCUGGGCAUGGUCAGCGCCGGCCCCAGGAGGGACGGACGGAUGGACGGCCGGACGCGUGGACACCUGUGGGACGGCACCGGUUGGGAGGCGGCCGGACGCGGAGAUAGCGGCACGGAUACGGGUUCCAAGUGACAGGAGCCGACGAGGGAGAGGGGCGCCGGGACAGAAGAAGGGGAUGGGGGUAGCGGGAGGAUGGGGGCAGGGAAGGGUUGAGCAGGCGAAGAGAGCGAGGAGAGCGAAGACAGGAACCCGGGAGCGGGGUCUGCAAGGAGGGGAAAGAUGGGCAGCGCGGAGCGAGGCCAGGCGCGGGAAUGGCUGGGGUUCGGAUCGUAGUCAGGACGGAGGGGUCCGCGGGAUGGGGACAGCGCCGAGAGGCGGCCUCGAGCACGGAGGGGACGCGGGGGCCGGAGGGAAGGACAGUUCCCGGCAGCCAGCAGUCUCCGCCCCACAGCUCCGACAGCCCCCCCCCCCCACCACCACUCUCUCCCACGUCCCCUUUCUAUCUCCGCCGCGCUGGGUUCGGCGGCGGCGCGGGGCCUGGAAUCCCCACCGCGCCCGUAGCCCUGCGCGCCCUGUCCCCGCAGUCCUCACCUCCGGCGGGGAGGUGGCGCGCCCCGGGGCGCAGAGAGAGGCCGGAUCCGACGGGCGCCGCCGAGGGGCCGUGAGGGAGCGCGGGGCCGCCCCUAGCUGGCCGCGGGGCCGGGCGCCGAAGCGGCUGCCAUGCGAGCCGAGCGCUCGGGAAUCUGGGGCUCCAGGCGACCCCGAGCGGCGGCAGCGGCUGCUCCUCGCGCGCGCUCAGGCCCCCUGCCAGGGGCGGAGCCCGCCCCCACCCCCAUCCCCCCUCCCCGCGACGCACGGCGCACACCUAGCACCCGGCGCGCCCCGGGGCCCCGGCCCUCCGCGGCUACCCAACGCCCCGAACCCAGCUUCCUUCCAAGAGAGGAGGAAAUCUUAGGAGUCUCAAUGGGAGCAAACUAUUAAGCCAAAGGAGCGCGACCCCGUUAUUCUCUCAUCUCCCAUGCCCACUUUCCCGACCAGCGCUCCGCGGCCCACGCCCCAGCCCUGCCUUCGCUUGUCCGCCGCUCAUCACGCUUCUCAUAUAGAUCCAUGCACACGCAGGCAAUCGCUCCCCGCCCUCCGCCUGUCACCAGCCCACGCCUCCCCGCUUGUAAAGCCUUCAUCACCUGCUUCAUCUGUGUGCUCCUCUGCUCCUCCUCGCCCUCCGCUUCUUCCUGUCCACGUUGCCGUCUCCAGCCUUCCAAGAUCAACCUAUCCCUAUAUAAACAUCAACCCGAUCCACCCAACCACACCCCGGCCCUACCCCCACCACCCUUCCCUCCCUCAAGUCUCAGCCCUUCCACCCCAUUCCUUUUUGUGACUGCCUCUGAGAAUCCUUUCUGGACUGGGAAUGCCCCUGACUCUGUAAAUGUGCACACAAAACCCCCUCCACCGCCAAGUUCCUUCUCCUGUACCCCAUCACGUUCGUCCUUGGCCUCAGGCUAAACCUCAACUGCCCAAACCUGGAGCUCAGAUUCAGAGAGUAACGGAGGGGGAGUGGGGGAAAGCUGCCCUCCAGGCCUCUUUGCCCCCUUCUGGCUAAUGGCUCAGAGACACAUUUCAAGACAAGGACCCAGUCAAGCUCGGUGGGCUCACGCCUGUAAUUCCAGCACUUUGGGAGGCUGAGGCGGGCGGAUCACCUGAGGUCAGGAGUUCGAGACCAGCCUGGCCAACAUGGUGAAACCCGUCUCUAUUAAAAAUACAGAAAUUAGCCAGGCGUGGUGGUGCGCGCCUGUAAUCCCAGCUACUCGGAAGGCUGAGGCAGGAAAAUCGCUUGAAAACCCGGGAGGCAGAAGUUGCAGUUAGCCAAGAUCGCGCCACUGCACUCCAGCUUGGGGGACAGCAAAACUCCGACUCCCGCCCCCCCCCAAAAAAAGACAAGGACCCAGAACAUAAUUUCUAGUUUGUGCAGGACAACAGGGCAGAGGUCAGGAACGCUAGCGCCCAUCUCUAGUCCUUCAGAUUGAGAUUUCACCAUCUUUAAAUUCAAAACAUCGGAAGGAGCAGUCGCUAGUCGGUGCAGAGCAGCUUCCCACCUUCACACAGCCACCUCCACAGGCACAGAGCCCCAGGGCUCAUUUUUCCUGCAGUCUCCAUUGGAUAUAACACUUACACCCACUCAGCUCCCUAGCUGGCCUCCUCUCAACUGUGAUCGCCUCUUCCCUGAAGAGCUCUCUGAAUUUGAGUAAUGACAUGGCUGUACCAUUCAUUUUGUUUAAACACAUUUUUUUUUUUUUUGGUGAAAAAUUGCAAACAACCUAUAAUUCAAAAAUUACUGUAGGCAAAUAAAUUAUGGCACAUCAACACUA